UAUUGGGUGUCGGGACUCCUGUCAUUUCGGUGGGGAUCUCGGUUGGUUGUUUGGGUUGCUUCUCCCUCGCCGUAACCACGUAGCGUGGUAGGUUGUGCUUUGUUUCCACGUCAGUGAGGGGAGAGGAGCCGGUUUUUGCCGUCCCCAGCGCAGCCUUUUUCGAGCCAGUGGACUUUGCAGCGAGGCCGCCGCUGGACCGGCUGCUCCCUGGUAUGCCAAGAGGCCCGACGCCGCAACAGCUGCCCGCCAGCGCCGCCAUUUUGGAUGCCGGGUGGAUGGAGGGGACUGCCAGGAUUGUGGAUAAGAACAUCUACAUUGUACAAGGUGAAAUCAAUACCGUGGUGGGAGCCAUAAAACGUAGUGCAAGAUGGAGCACUCAUACACACUUGGAUGAAGAACGUGAUCCCCUGUUGCACAGCUUUAGUGUCUUGCGAGAAGUGCUGAACAACAUAACUGAGCUUUCAGCAAUUGAACCUAUUGUGUUUCUUCGACCAUUUCUGGAAGUUAUCCGUUCUGAAGAUACUACAGGACCUAUCACUGGAUUGGCCCUGACAUCAGUGAAUAAGUUCCUCUCAUAUGCACUAAUAGAUUCUAACCAUGAGGGUACAGCUGAAGGAAUGGAGAACAUGGCAGAUGCUGUCACACAUGCGCGCUUUGUGGGCACAGACCCUGCGAGUGAUGAGGUGGUCCUGAUGAAAAUCUUGCAGGUCCUGAGGACUCUUCUGCUCACUCCAGUUGGAGCUCAUCUUACCAAUGAGUCAGUGUGCGAAAUCAUGCAAUCCUGCUUCCGUAUAUGUUUUGAGAUGAGGCUUAGUGAGUUAUUGAGAAAAUCUGCAGAGCACACUCUGGUCGACAUGGUGCAGCUGCUCUUCACAAGGUUACCUCAGUUUAAAGAAGAGCCUAAAAGCUAUGUGGGGACUAACAUAAAGAAGUUGAAAAUGAGAGCAGGGGGAAUGAGUGAUUCAUCAAAAUGGAAAAAGCAGAAGAGAUUGCCAAGGACUUCUGGCCAUGUAAGCAAAGUAUCUCAAGGAACAGAACAGCCUGCUGCCAAUGGUACAGGUAUGGCAAGUAACUUAACAGCAGGUGGAAUCGGUUUUGUUGAUGUACCUUCUCCCAGCUCAUCUGGAAGUUCAGAAAAUACGUCUUCUGUAGUCAGCCCUGCUACUGAUAGUGGCUUAGAACUUUCCUCCCAGCUCAGCUCAAAGGAAGAUCUUACAGACUUGCCAUUGGUCAACCCUUUGGGAAUUGGUUCAGCAAUACCUUUAAGUGAGCCUAGGACCAGAUUACACCUAGAACCCCAGAAUGAAUCCCCUCAGGAGGAGAAGACUCCAUCCGCCUCAGUGGAGUCCAUCCCAGAAGUUCUUGAGGAAUGCACAUCUGAAGCUAUACAUUCAGACUUUCCUUCUGUUCAUGAUAUGGACUAUGUCAAUCCCAGGGGAGUACGGUUUACUCAGUGCUCUCAGAAGGAAGGAACAGCAUUAGUCCCCUAUGGGUUGCCCUGUAUCCGAGAACUACUCCGCUUCCUAAUCUCCCUCACUAACCCACAUGACCGCCACAACUCGGAGGUGAUGAUCCACAUGGGACUACAACUUCUCACUGUUGCCCUGGAGUUGGCUACUGUUGCUAACUGUCCAUCUCUUCUAGGACUUGUGAAGGAGGAAUUGUGUCGAUAUCUCUUUCAAUUGCUGAGCGUGGAGCGACUCAAUUUGUACUCAGCUUCCAUUAGGGUUUGCUUCCUCCUCUUUGAGAGCAUGAGAGAGCACCUGAAAUUCCAGCUGGAGAUGUACAUAAAGAAGCUGAUGGAGAUAAUCACUGUGGAAAACCCCAAGAUGCCCUAUGAGAUGAAGGAGAUGGCCCUGGAGGCCAUUGUUCAGCUCUGGAGGAUCCCUAGCUUUGUCACUGAACUUUACAUCAACUAUGACUGUGACUACUACUGCACUAACCUGUUUGAAGAUCUCACCAAACUGCUCUCCAAGAAUGCCUUUCCUGUUUCUGGACAACUGUACACUACUCACCUGCUAUCCCUUGAAGCAUUGCUGACGGUGAUUGAUAGUACUGAAGCACAAUGUCAAGCCAAGGUGCUAAACAACAUCUACCAACAGGAGAAGGAGGCACUAAAACCAGGCACCGAUAUUGCCUAUAACAUCAAAGAAACAAGCCAUAUUUCUGAGGGGAUGCUAACAGAAGAGAAAUGCCCUAAGCCAGAAUUACUAGAGACAUGUCAAGCCACUAAUGGCUGCUUUGUGGAUGACCACAUGAAGCAGCAAGAAUCUCUGAAUUUGGAGGUGGGAAAUGAUGCAGAAAAGACCAUCCCACGGAAGCCUACUCGCUUUUCCUGCCUCUUACCCACAACACAUGAAUUGACAAAGAUAAAGAGUAAAAAGAAGCUCUUGAUAAGUGGUUCAGAACAGUUCAAUCAAAAGCCAAAGAAAGGGAUACACUUUCUGCAGGAGAAAAACCUUUUGGCUACCCCCAUGGAUAAUAACGAAGUGGCAAAGUGGCUGCGGGAAAAUCCUAGACUAGACAAGAAAAUGAUUGGGGAAUUUGUGAGUGACCGGAAGAAUGUAGAUUUGCUGGACAGUUUCGUGGGAACUUUCAGUUUUCAAGGCUUAAGAUUGGAUGAAGCUCUGCGACUCUACCUAGAAGCCUUCCGUUUGCCAGGAGAGGCUCCUGUGAUCCACAGGCUGUUGGAAGCCUUUACGGAACAUUGGCGUAAACUGAAUGGGUCUCCAUUUGCUAAUAGUGAUGCUUGCUUUGCCUUGGCUUAUGCUGUUAUCAUGCUCAACACUGACCAACACAAUCACAAUGUUCGUAAGCAGAGUGUACCAAUGACCUUAGAGGAAUUCCGAAAAAACCUGAAAGGGGUGAAUGGAGGCAAAGACUUUGAGCAGGAGAUGCUAGAGGACAUGUACCAUGGCAUCAAAAAUGAAGAGAUUGUGAUGCCAGAUGAGCAGAUAGGCCUUGUAAAGGAAAACUAUGUCUGGAGUGUGCUACUGCAUCGUGGAGCCACUGAUGAAGGGAUCUUUCUGCAUGUUCCACCUGGAAGCUAUGACCAUGACCUCUUUGCUAUGACAUGGGGGCCCACUGUUGCAGCCCUGUCCUAUGUUUUUGACAAGAGUCUAGAUGAAACAAUCAUCCAGAAGGCUAUCUCUGGCUUCAGAAAAUGUGCCAUGAUUUCUGCCCAUUAUGGCCUGAGUGACGUUUUUGACAACCUCAUAAUUUCUCUUUGCAAGUUCACAGCUCUCAGCAGUGAGUCUAUUGAGAACUUGCCAACUGUGUUUGGAAGUAAUCCCAAGGCCCACAUUGCUGCAAAGACAGUGUUCCACUUGGCUCAUCGCCAUGGUGACAUUUUGAGGGAGGGCUGGAAAAACAUCAUGGAAGCCAUGCUACAGCUUUUCAGAGCAGAGCUCUUACCAAAAACUAUGGUGGAGGUUGAAGACUUUGUGGAUCCCAAUGGCAAGAUCUUUCUGCAGCGUGAGGAGACACCUUCAAGCCGUGGUGAGUCCACAAUGCUAAGUUUUGUUAGCUGGCUGACACUCAGUGGUACAGAACAAUCUGGUAUGAGGGGGCCAUCCACAGAGAACCAGGAGACAAAGCGAAUGGCCUUGGAGUGUAUAAAGCAAUGUGACCCAGAGAAGCUGAUCACUGAAAGCAAGUUUCUACAGCUGGAAUCCCUUCAGGAACUCAUGAAGGCUCUGAUCUCUGUGACUCCUGAUGAGGAAACAUAUGAUGAGGAAGAUGUUGCUUUCUGCUUGGAGAUGCUUCUGAGGAUUGUGCUGGAGAACAGGGACCGUGUGGCCUUUGUGUGGCAGGCAGUGCGAGACCACCUCUACCACUUGUGUAUUAAUGCCAUGGAGUAUUGCUUCCUAGUGGAGAGGGCGGUAGUCGGACUGCUGCGGCUGGCAAUCCGGCUCCUGCGCAGGGAGGAGAUCAGUGCCCAGGUGCUACUCUCCUUACGCAUCUUGCUCAUGAUGAAGCCCAGCAUGCUGAACCGAGCCAGUCACCAGAUUGCAUAUGGCCUUCAUGAGCUCCUUAAGACCAACGCUGCCAACAUCCACUCUGGAGAUGACUGGUAUGCACUCUUUACCCUCUUGGAAUGCAUUGGAUCAGGUGUGAAACCACCCCCAGCUCUGCAGGCUACAACAAGAACCGAGAAUGACACAGGAGCUCAAUCAGACAGUGAGAUCUCCUAUCACACAAAUGAAACCAGCCUAGAUCGUGGCUACACUUCUGAUUCAGAGGUGUAUGCAGAUCACAGCAAGCAAGGCAAAAUGAAUCGUUCUGUCACUGAUGUGGAUGUGGUGAACAGUGGCUGGCUUGUGGUUGGAAAAGAUGACCUUGACAGCCCAAAGGCCAUGGUGGGAUUCUCCAAGUUAGGCAGUUCUCCCCUAGUCAAUCAGUAUAGUCUGACUGUGGGGAUGGACCUGGGACCACAUAAUACCAAAUCUCUCAUGAAGUGUGUGGAGUCCUUAUCUUUCAUUGUGCGAGAUGCUGCCCACGUGACACCUGAGAACUUUGAGCUUUGCGUCAAAACCAUCCGCAUCUUUGUGGAGGCCAGUCUAAAUGGAGGAUGCAAGUCCCAGGAGAAGCGGGGUAAGAGCCAUAAAUAUGACCCUAAAUCAGCCCGUUUCAAGAAAAAAACAAAGGAGAGCUCUUUGAGGCACUCAAGGCCCACUAGCCAGCAUCAGCAUCGCUCCCCUAGUGAUGAAGAUGAUGACGAUGAGAGUGUCCCUGCUAGUUACCACACUGUGUCUUUACAGGUUAGUCAGGACCUGCUGGACCUUAUGCAUACCCUUCACACAAGGGCUGCUACUAUCUACAGCUCUUGGGCAGAGGAGCAGCACCAUCUGGAGGCUGCAGGGAAGAAAAUUGAAGCAGAUUCUCAGACAUUAUGGGCCAAUUGCUGGUGCCCAUUGUUGCAAGGUAUUGCUUGCUUGUGUUGUGAUGCACGGCGACAGGUGAGAAUGCAGGCCCUGACCUACCUGCAGCGGGCUCUUCUUGUGCAUGACCUGCAAGCUCUUGAUGCCUUGGAGUGGGAGUCCUGUUUCAAUAAGGUGCUGUUUCCCUUGCUGACCAAACUCCUGGAAAAUAUCAGCCCAGCAGACAUUGGUGGAAUGGAGGAGACCAGAAUGAGAGCCUCAACUCUACUCUCCAAGGUCUUCCUGCAACACUUGUCUCCACUACUGUCUCUUCCAACAUUUGCUGCAUUGUGGUUGACAAUUCUGGAUUUCAUGGAUAAAUACAUGCAUUCUGGCUCCAGUGACUUGUUGCCAGAAGCCAUUCCUGAAUCACUAAAAAACAUGCUGCUAGUGAUGGACACAGCUGGAAUAUUUCACAGUGCUGAUUCAAGAACAGGCUACUCAGAUCUCUGGGAGAUCACCUGGGAGCGUAUAGACUGCUUUCUGCCAAAGCUGCGGGAUGAACUCUUCAAACAGGCAGUCAUCCAAGACCCAGGUUCCACCUUGCCAGUAGAGAUGCAUCCUCCAAAACCAACAUUGUCUUCUGUGCCACAUUCCUCUGGAGGGAAUGGAAGGCCACCCAACCAUUCAACACCCCCUGAGAAGUCUCCUGAGCAGGCACCCAGUGACUCUGAGAAUGCCUCUGGCCCAAGCACCUCCAGCAGCCUCACUCCAGCAGCACCUGUGAAAGCGAGCUCAAUGAAAGAUGCACCUUCAGCAAUGGCACAGCAGCCUCUGAUCCUUCAGCCUCUGACCUCCCCCUUACAGGUGGGAGUGCCACCUAUGACUUUGCCAAUUAUUCUGAACCCAGCGCUCAUAGAAGCCACCUCUCCUGUGCCUCUCCUGGCCUCCCAACGGCCCACUGACCCCAUGACGACUUCUGAAGUCAACUGAGGAGAGGACUAAAAGACAGUGGUCUGCAGGGGUGAUGAUGGUACAGGAUGCUGGCCAUGGUCUGACUGGUAGAAGCCAUGAUUGCUGUAGGGAAGGCCCUAGCAGAAGAGUAGCCACCCACUUUGCAAAGGUGGCUGUCCUGCCCAGUGGACCUCAGGCUAAAAUCCUCAUCCCAGAUGAUCUCUGACUCCCUUUGGGCAGAGGGAGUCUUAAUGGAUGAUGGUCAGUUUCUCUUCUCUUUCACAUUAGAGGGCAUCAACCAGCCAUUCAGCAUAGACUUUCUGCAGCCUGUGAUCCAAACAAAAGUGGGAGCUCUCUGCAGAGAGGAGAAAAAGAGCCAAAUUUCCUAAGAAAUCAAGCAGAGAAGCUCCCAGUAUGCAUCCUGCCCUUUUGCUUUUGUGCUCUCUACUCCUUUACACUGACCUAGAACAGAUGGCUCUUCUUAGGGGCCACUCUUUGGCUCUUGCCUCUCCAAGCUCCAGACUGGGUAGCCUUGCCGAUGGCAUGCUGGGUCUUCUAGGAGCUGGAAAUCUCUGCCCACUGAAACAAGACCAGAGAGUUGGGGUGACGGGGGAGAGAUGUAAAAGGCCUGGGGCAGAAGAAAUUCUCUCUGCAGUGCUGAGUGAGCAGUAACAUCUUAACCAAAUUCUGCACUGGAGGCUCUCCUUUGCAGCUGAAUCCUGCUGGGUGCCCUCCAAGUGGUUGGAGUUGUGCUCACUGCAUUCCAGUGAGAUAGAGGGACUAAGGUAAAUAGUGCCUGGUGAGAGGCUCCUGGGAGUGGAGUGGAGAGGAAAUGGCCUUCAUGGUACACGCCCCAGCUCCUUCAGGAAUUGGCUGCUAAGUCUUCUUCCAUUCUUCGUCAGCAGUCUGUUGCACUUUAGGAGGAUCCCAUUGUCCUCCUGCACCACUGGCCUCUCGGCAUGAAAUCCGAAAGUGAAAUGUGUCUCAUCUAGUGCUUCCUUCCUCUCGUGCAUUAGGCUAAAAUUCUUCACAUUUAUUGCAGAAUCCCACUGGGAACUGAAGUCAGUGUCUACUGUGUGGAACAGCAGGUGACUGUGUGUGUAUAUAUAAGGAGUCAGUUGACUUUUUACAGUGGAAUAAAUAUGACCUGUAAAUGAA